UGUUGUCUCUCUCUCAUUUCCUGUCACUCUGACUGCGCCUCUCUUUUCUUAGCUCACAGAUGGCGGCUUCCACAUUUUCCCCGGCCCUCUCCGCGCCGUCAUCGUCAAUAUCCAAAAUCCUGAAGCCCGUCCCGAAACCCUUCAGUCUGGGCUUCGCGACGUCGGUUUCAAAGGGCCUGAAGGCUCUCAGAGCUACCACCCCUGGCUCUGUCGGCGGUUCCGCUCUCGGAGCCAAAAUGGUGUCGAUGCCGGCGAUCAAGCCCCUCACUUCGCUCGACUUCGAUACCAAAUUCUUCAAGAAGGAGAAGGUUAACCUCGCCGGACACGACGAGUAUAUUGUGAAAGGAGGGAGGGAUUUGUUCCCUUUGCUGCCGGAUGCGUUCAAGGGGAUUAAGCAGAUUGGUGUUAUUGGCUGGGGUUCCCAGGGACCUGCUCAAGCUCAGAAUUUAAGGGAUUCUCUUGCUGAAGUGAAAUCUGAUAUUGUGGUGAAGAUUGGGCUCAGGAAGGGCUCCCGUUCUUUUGCUGAAGCUCGUGCAGCUGGUUUUACUGAAGAGAAUGGCACUCUAGGUGAUAUAUGGGAAACUGUCUCAGGCAGUGAUCUUGUUUUGCUACUGAUUUCUGAUUCUGCACAGGCUGAUAAUUAUGAGAAAAUAUUCUCCCACAUGAAGCCAAAGAGCAUACUUGGGCUUUCCCAUGGGUUUCUUCUUGGCCAUUUGCAGUCAAUGGGACUUGAUUUCCCCAAGGACAUCAGUGUGAUUGCGGUGUGUCCAAAAGGAAUGGGUCCCUCCGUGAGGAGACUUUAUGUCCAAGGCAAAGAGAUAAAUGGAGCAGGAAUUAAUUCCAGUUUUGCAGUCCACCAGGAUGUUGAUGGUAGAGCCACAGAUGUUGCCCUAGGAUGGUCAGUUGCUCUUGGUUCUCCUUUCACAUUUGCCACUACAUUAGAGCAGGAAUAUAAGAGUGACAUCUUUGGGGAGCGUGGCAUUUUACUUGGUGCUGUUCAUGGAAUUGUUGAGGCCUUGUUUAGAAGGUACACAGAAAAUGGAAUGAGUGAAGAUCUGGCUUACAAGAACACUGUUGAGUGCAUCACAGGAAUAAUAUCAAAGACUAUCUCAACCAAGGGCAUGUUGGCUGUAUACAACUCCUUGUCUGAAGAGGACAAAAGGGUAUUUCAGACUGCAUAUAGUGCCUCAUAUUAUCCCUGCAUGGACAUCCUGUAUGAAUGCUAUGAAGAUGUGGCCAGUGGUAGUGAGAUCCGCAGUGUUGUCUUGGCUGGGCGUCGCUUUUAUGAAAAGGAUGGUCUACCAGCUUUCCCAAUGGGUAAAAUUGAUCAGACCCGGAUGUGGAAAGUUGGUGAACGUGUCCGAUCAACACGGCCGGCAGGAGACCUAGGCCCGUUGUAUCCUUUCACUGCUGGUGUUUAUGUGGCAUUAAUGAUGGCACAGAUUGAGAUACUAAGGAAGAAAGGGCACUCAUACUCUGAGAUCAUUAAUGAAAGUGUGAUUGAAUCAGUUGAUUCCUUGAAUCCCUUUAUGCACGCUCGUGGAGUUUCUUUCAUGGUUGAUAAUUGUUCGACAACAGCACGAUUGGGAUCGAGGAAAUGGGCGCCACGCUUUGAUUACAUCCUCACUCAGCAGGCCCUAGUUGCAGUGGACAAGGGUGCACCCAUCAACCAGGAUCUCAUCAGUAACUUCCAGUCGGAUCCCGUGCACGGAGCCAUUGAAGCAUGUGCCCAACUGAGACCAACCGUGGACAUUUCAGUGCCCCCAGAUGCAGACUUCGUGAGGCCCGAGUUGCGCCAGUCUAGCAAUUAAGGCCCGGCUACCUCCAAAUGGCAUGUAAAAUCCCUUUUAAGGAUGUUCGAGGGUGAGGACUUAAAUUUAGGAGUAGCUGUAGUCCUUUUUAUCAUUGUAGUCCGCUUGGCUGAGUUAUGUCUAUUGAGUGAAUAAGACGGGGGGCAAUGCAUGUUCUAGUAAUUUUGGUGUGACGAAAUUAUUGUGGGUAAUGUUGUUGGACUUGCUUGUUUGCAUUUUGUAAGGCUGUAUGAAAAAUGGAUCGGUUAUGAUCUAACUAUUAUAAUGACCUAAAACAACGUUUGGAUUUGUUUA